AUGGGAUCUCGAACAGCCAGACAUACGUUGUCCUGCUUGCCUCGCCCAUCUGCUGACUUCCCUUGGCCUGCGACCCACCUUGACACAAAGAGUAUCGAAGAACAGAUCGGUGAUCUCAAGUCUACAAACCCUCGGGCGGAUGAUGAACAUCCUACGGCAGGAAAACAUGUAUUCUUGAAUCCUGCGGGUCAGGUCAAUGUCUACAACCAUGGUACCGGCCAGCUACCUGAUGUGGCUGACAAGCCGUACUUUGAAACCGUCGACUUCCAGAGCAACAUUAUCUUGCCAACACUUUACAGCGAUCACGGCUGGCUGCACCCUACUCGUCACGAUAUUCUCACGGUUCGCGAAUGCGCUCGCAUCCAGGGGUUUCCCGAUGAUUACAUUUUCUACGGUGCGGACAAGACCCUUCGCUCCCAGAUCAUUGCAUCUGUUCCGCCACCUAUCACAUGGAGCCUCGCGGAGGCGAUCCGUAAAAUCAUCAAGGAGCACACAGCGCCGGGGCUUGAAGCAAGCGCUUUUGCCGCCUUGGAUAUAAGUGGUAGAGCAACGAAGAGGCCUCGUGUGGAUUGAGACCAUGAAAACGCUUGGCUUUACGGUGUCACCGCAGUACACAAUUGUGGCUGAAUAGUCCUGGCCUGGCUUGGUGAUUGAAGCAUUGGCUUUGCACAAUUUGUUUCUU